AUGGGUGUGGAACAACUUGAUGCUCAAACACAUUUUGAAACUGAACUUUAUACAUUACGUCAAUCAUUACGUCCACAUUUUUCAUCAAAUAAUAAUUCAACAAAUCAACAGAAUGAUAUACUUCAACCAAUUGAUGAAUUAGCUAAUUGUUUAGAACAAAUGCGUACACGUUUACAAACAGUUUUAAAUUUUAAUACAAUUGAACAACGUCAACAGAUCUUUUCUCAACAAGAUAUAUAUAUAUAUAGUUUAAUACGACAAUCUGCAUCAUUAAUUAAAGAGUUUCAUGAACCAUCAUUAUCAACAAUAAUGAUAACACGUAUUAAUGAUUUUUUACAAAUAAUUCCACCAUUAAAUCAUUGA